AUGGAUGGCGCAAAUUCGUAUCUCCAACAUGUCCACACUCGCGAUCCGCACAUGCGGUCGUUGCUUCUCCCGCGGGAGAGUUGUUCCUCUUUAGAGGAGAGUACAGCUCCAUGCGCCAGAACAGGUUCCAUUUGGGUUCCAUCUCUACCGCAACUUUCGGGUGUUCGACACUGGCAUUGGUUCGACAUUCAGACGCACUCGUGGAACCGGAUUGAUACAAAGGUUCACCCAAGCGCGAGAUGGUGCCAUCAGAUGGCGCUUCGGAAGGGUUUUGUCAUUUUCUUUGAGGGUUUGAUGAUCCAGGGGUUACCAGAGUACAAAUGGCGUCAACUUGAAUUCAAGGAAACAGAAUUGAAACCAUCGUUCGUCUCUCCGACACCCACUAUAUUCACGCGUGACUCUCUUAUAGCGCGUGAAGUGGAUUCUCCUUCCUCCCCUGCACCGACGGCAUCAUCCUCCAUGGAAGGCAAACACCCCGUCGGCGCGAUGCUUGAGGAUACUUGGAUUCUCAAGUUCAAGAAGAGUAGGACGCAACAAUAA